AUGCCUCACAGAACAUCUAUGCCUCACAGAACACCUAUGCCUCGCAGAACACCUAUGCCUCGCAGAACACCUAGACCUCGCAGAACACCUAGGCCUCGCAGAACACCUAUGUCUCACAGAACACCUAUGCCUCACAGAACACCUAUGCCUCACAGAACACCUAUGCCUCGCAGAACACCUAUGCCUCACAGAACACCUAUGCCUCACAGAACAACUAUGCCUCGCAUAACACCUAUGCCUCUUAGAACACCUAUGCCUCGCAUAACACCUAUGCCUCACAGAACACCUAUGCCUCACAGAACACCUAUGCCUCACAGAACACCUAUGCCUCACAGAACAACUAUGCCUCGCAUAACACCUAUGCCUCUUAGAACACCUAUGCCUCGCAUAACACCUAUGCCUCACAGAACACCUAUGCCUCACAGAACACCUAUGCCUCGCAUAACACCUAUGCCUCACAGAACACCUAUGCCUCACAGAACACCUAUGCCUCACAGAACACCUAGACCUCGCAGAACACCUAGACCUCGCAGAACACCUAGGCCUCGCAGAACACCUAGACCUCGCAGAACACCUAGACCUCGCAGAACACCUAGGCCUCGCAGAACACCUAGACCUCGCAGAACACCUAGACCUCGCAGAACACCUAGGCCUCGCAGAACACCUAGACCUCGCAGAACACUAGGGCUCCGCGGAACACAGUUUGGGAAACACUGCCCUACACGAAUAAGCUUAAAGCAUAAAACUGUUGACGAUGGUUGCUCAUUGGCAAGCUUUGGGUGGGUCAUGUGA